CGGAGUCGGAUCCCUGCGUGCACGCAAAAGAGCCAUGUGAGAGUCGACUCUCACACUAACGAAAACAUCGCCAGACGAACAUGGCGAAUGUAGUGCUCGAGUUCAAGGCUUCUGUCGGUGACAUAGACACACAAAGUUGCCCAAUGCUCAUAAUUGGGCAGCUCGGGUACUUACAACAAAUAAACUGGACUCAAGUUAAAGGGAAACUGCUGCCGGUGGUGACCAAAGAGACAUGGCAGUUGGCUUUGAGCAGUCUUAAUCCAAACCCGACAGACAGUUGCUCACUGUAUUUGAAUUAUGUGAGUGUGGCAGCUCUGCCUUCCCGUGUAAGCCGUCACAACAGUCCAUCCUCUGCCCACUUUCUUACUCGGUUGGUUCGCACCUGCCUUCCUGCUGGCAACAAUCGCUGCAUCCUGAUGCUGUGUGAACACUCUGAUGUGUUUGCAUCAGCAUGUGCCAUUGCCCGUGCUUUCCCACUCUUUUCUCGACGCUCUGCUUCAUGCACAAUGGAGAAGAAGCAUGUCACAGUGGAGUUUGUCAUUGUUGGCCAGGAAACUAUCCCUUUGGAUCCUUCCACAGUGGUGUCCCUCAACAAUGUGGCCGAUGGUGUUCGUCUGGCAGCACGGAUUGUGGACACUCCUUGCAAUGAGAUGAAUACUGACCAUUUUCUGGAGGAGAUCAAAGCAGUGGCAAAUGAACUGGGCCUCACACCAAAUAUAAUUCGAGGCAAGGAAUUAAAACAAAGAGGCUUUGGAGGUAUCUAUGGUGUAGGUAAAGCAGCUGAACACCCUCCUGCUCUGGCUGUGCUGAGUCACACCCCCUCAGGUGCCACGCAGACAAUUGCAUGGAUCGGCAAGGGCAUUGUAUACGACACCGGCGGCCUUAGCAUUAAAAGCAAAAGCACAAUGCCAGGCAUGAAGAGAGAUUGUGGUGGAGCAGCUGCUAUUUUGGGAGCUUUUAAAGCCACUGUCAAGCAGGGGUUCAAAGAUAACCUCCAUGCAGUGUUCUGCCUGGCUGAGAAUGCAGUGGGGCCUACAGCCACCAGGCCAGAUGAUAUCCACACAUUGUAUUCUGGAAAGACAGUGGAAAUAAAUAACACUGAUGCAGAGGGAAGGUUGGUUCUAUCUGAUGGCGUUGUAUAUGCCAGUAAGGAUCUCUCUGCAGAUAUUAUCCUGGAUAUGGCAACUCUGACUGGAGGUCAGGGAAUCUCCACUGGAAAAUACCAUGCUGCUGUUAUGACCAACAAUGAGCAGUGGGAGACGGCAUGUGUGAGAGCAGGCCGCAGCAGUGGGGAUCUCACACAUCCUCUUGUGUACUGCCCUGAACUCCACUUCAGUGAAUUCACCUCUGCAGUUGCUGACAUGAAGAACUCUGUAGCGGAUCGUGAGAAUGCUCAGAGCUCUUGUGCCGGCCUCUUUAUCGGCUCUCACUUGGGUUUUGACUGGCCAGGGGUGUGGGUACAUGUGGAUAUUGCCUCUCCUGUGCACUCUGGUGAACGUGCUACAGGUUUUGGAGUAGCUCUGCUUUUGGCUCUGUUUGGUCAGGCAUCUGAAGACCCGCUUCUCAAUAUGGUGUCUCCACUGGGCAUCACUACUGCAAAUGCUUCCUCAGCUGACCAGAUGGAGAGAGACAGCAAAAGGAGAAGAUUAGUCUGAAGAGAACAUCAGUCUUCUCAAUGUUCUAUAUUCUGAAAUCAGUGCAAAAACAGCAACAUAAUAUUAAAUGGAUAAAUACAUACAAAUCUCAUUUGUUUGACGUUUAAGCACUGGCCAUUCUAAAUUGCUUUUUUUUAUUCACCUUUACUGGACGUAAGAGCACAAGACAUGAUGUAUGGAAUAAAUAUUAAAGUAUCAAAAUAAAUUUGUCAAGGGAUGCUUAUAUGUAUGUUAUGGAUAACAAUGAAAAAAUUGUUUUUGCUGGACAUGAGGACAGUAGAAAUUAGUAAUCACAUAAUCUGUAAUGGAACAUAGUAAAACAAAAUGGUGGUGCAAAAUGAUUUAAACACUGAAUUCAUGCUUCAUAUUUGUGUGUAAAUUGACAAACUUGUAAAAGCUUUCUUGAAAGGAAUAAAAUGAUUACAAGGACUGUGCUACUAUACAGUGAGGUGUUAAAUAAUUAUUAAUUAUAAGUCAAAAAUAGGUAAUCUGAAGAAAAGAAUGCAUCACUACACUUAACAUGCUAGUUAACAUACAUGUCUACUUCAUAUUGCUUUAAAAAAAACCUACAUACUUCUACAUCAGUCACUAUGGAGGAGCUGCUUGUAAAAGUGGAAGCUUGUAAAAGUUCUAUAUACAUGCUAUCCAUCUAUUUAUCCACUGUAGAAUUUUUGCACCGAACUGUAAUAACUACCGUAUGCUGAUUAGCAGAAUUUAUUUCUUUUAGUCUUUUUCUGUUUUUACCCUUAGGGUACAAAACCCAGAAGGCAAUAUGGCAAUUUAUUUUUCAAUAUAAACAAUGAGACAAUCAGAACCUUUCAGACACGUGACUCUGGAGUCUCAUGGUGACGUUCCAGGAAAUAUAGCAGUGUAAACAUUUGGUCAUUUUUAAAAGCAAGUCAAAUGUUGGUUUUGCGUGCUAUUGAAUCGGACACAAUAUUUUUUUUCAACAACAUAGAGAACUGUUUCUGUUUGGCUGGCUUAAGGAGUGACUUUUGUUUGAGGUUGUGGAUGUGUGAUAGCCCAUUGAGCAGUGAGUCUCUCUUUGAUGCUCCUUAUGAGCCUGCAUUGAAAUAUUUUGAAUACACCUUGGCACGUUUUGCCUUGGGCUGACUGUGUGAUACUAUUUCUGACCUCAUUAUGAUCGUGAUAUCCUUUGUUUAGACUUAGAAAUUAUUUUUUGCUCUGUUUUAAUAAACCUGUACCAAACAGACUCUUCUUCUGUAAUUUAGAUAAUUCUUUUCCUUUUCGUAAUAAACUCAAAUUGAAAGUGAA